AUUAAAACUUUGGAACAAACUAAAGCCAUUGAAGAUCUAAACAAAUCCAGAGACCAGCUGGAGAAGAUGAAGGAGAAAGCUGAGAAAAAGCUCAUGUCUGUCAAGUCAGAACUGGAUACCACAGAACAUGAGGCUAAGGAGAAUAAAGAAAGGGCCAGAAACAUAAUAGAAGUGGUAACCAGUGAAAUGAAGACACUAAAAAAAUCUUUGGAAGAAGCAGAAAAGAGAGAAAAGCAGCUGGCAGACUUCAGGGAGGUGGUGUCCCAGAUGCUAGGCUUGAACCUGACCAGCCUUGCUCUUCCUGAUUACGAAAUCGUCAAGUGUCUUGAAAGACUGAUCCAUUCACAUCAGCAUCACUUUGUUACCUGUGCCUGCCUCAAAGAUGUGACUACCGGGCAAGAUAGGCACCCACAAGGCCAUUUACCACUUCUUCAUUGA